AUUUUGCCCAAUUGGCGACCGAGAUGACAUAUCCAUCGGGAAGUUGGGAACAGGGGACUUUAGCCCGGAGCUUGGAAAGGGAAACGGAAGCUUCCUUCCUUCCCACCCUUCCAUUCUUUCAGCCUCGCAUCCAUUGGACUUGACCGGUCAAGACAUCUGUUCAUUAAUCACCAGUUCCAUUCCAUUUCUGUUCUCUUGGUCUUCUGCAUUGCAUGUUCACAUAUCACUAGCCAUAACAUCGUCAACAUGGCCGACACCGACACCGUCCGCCGGCGCAAGCCCGAACCCAAGACAGCUUCCCAAGAAACAGCCUCAGCAUCAGAAGACUCCGAGGUCGAAGAGAUCAUCCGCCCCGGCUUCCCUCCUCACUCCGACUCCCAGAAUGGCGGCAAGAAGAAGAAAGCCCCCAAACGUCAAAUCGAAGACGAAGACGAAUCCAACCCCUGGCUCCUCGACAUCCUCCGCGUCAUCUCCUUCCUCUUUCUGGCGUCUUGCGGUCUAAGCUACCUAAUUUCCAAUGGCGAGACCUUCUUCUGGGGCAUGUCCCACCCGCCCAACUACCUCCAGUUAGAAUGGUGGAAGUCCCAAUUGCGCGGCCCUAUCUACCUGACCCCCACCGAACUCGCCGCCUUUGACGGCACCGAUCCUUCCAAGCCCAUCUAUCUCGCAAUCAACCACACCAUCUACGACGUCUCCGCCAAUCGCCGCACCUACGGCCCGGGCGGUUCCUACAACGUCUUUGCCGGCGUUGACGCUUCGCGCGCUUACGUCACCGGCUGCUUCGCCGAAGACCGCACCCCCGACAUGCGCGGUGUCGAAGAGAUGUUCCUUCCUCUCGACGACCCUGCGGUGGACAACAAGUACUGGAGCCCAGAGGAACUGAAGGACUUGAAGAGGAAGGAAAUGGAGGAGGCCCUGAAGAAGGUCAACGACGGCCUCAAGCACUGGGUGAACUUCUUCGGGAAGAGCAAGAAGUACAGGUUUGUGGGAUAUGUCAAGAGAGACAAGGACUGGUUGAAGAAGGAGCCGGUGCCCAAGUUGUGUGAGGCGGCGGGGAGGGGGAGGACGCCUAGGUCACCGCCGGAGGAUGGAAAGAAGGAGCACUAGGAGAUGACUCCUGAGGAGAAGAGGGGGAGAAUCUGGUGGAAGAAACGAUGUGUGAUCGAGAAGGAAAGGAGUGGUGGAAUACGGAGAGGAGGAGAAGAAUGAGAGGGGAGGGCACGCUGUUGCCGCUGCCUGGGUGGCAGAGGAUGGUUAUUUUCCCGAUACAGUGGUUCGAGACAUGGACUGGGACUGGGACUGGUACUAGUGGUUAUGGAUUCGUCGGACCAUUGUUUGUUUAUUGGCUUGGUGAGUACGAAGAACAUCAACGUCUCUUUUUGGUAAUGAUAUGGAAAACAGAACAAAAUUGGUUACCUACCCAAGGAACUCCGCGGCAGUGUUGAUUAUUUCUCUUGACAACAGCAGGUUUAUCAGGUAGGGAUCACAGUACAGUUUGGACGGUUUGAACAUCGAGCAGCAUUAAAUACCAGAGAUCAUGACACUCAA